AUGGGAAGUGAACAAAAAGUUUUAGAUUUUCUCUGUAGCUCUGAUGAUGAUUCAAGACACACAGAGAGACAGCAGGUGCUGCUGGAACUCCUGCAGGUGGGAGGUGUUGUACAGUUUGAUGAGGGGCGGCUGCUAAGUUUGGCAGAAAAGGCCGAAUUCUACCAGAUCUGUGAAUUUAUGUAUGAGAAGAACCACUUGUAUGACAGGAUCAUUGAUUGCUACCUGAAGGACCCCCUGAGAAAGGAGGAGAUUUUCAACUACAUCCACAACAUCCUGUCUAUGCCAGGCUACAGCCCAGAGGAGAAGCACUCCGUCUGGGACAAAACCCUCCAGCACAUCCAGGAACUGGUGAGCAUGGAUCCCUCCAAAUCAGCUGAGAUGGUCUCAGUGCACUUUGUCGAUGAAGUCAACCCAUUACCACAACGUUACAGGAGGAUUAUCUGGUGUUCCAGUUUCUGAAGAAUCUCCUUGACC